AUGAAGAUCUUGUCAGUGUCGCAGCUCUCGCCCUGUGUUCUCUUCCUCACCAUCUUGUUCGCUUGGCCGGUGGCCGAGUCGGCGACCAGCCCCGUUGCCGUGCGCGCCGACCUUACGCACGCGGACAGCGGCCGCGGCUUCACCAGGCGCGAGCUUCUCAGCCGGAUGGCCGCCCGGUCAAAGGCCCGCCUGGCCAGCCUGCACUCCCCCGCCCGUCCCGGCGCGGUGACCGCGCCGGUGGCCCGCGGCACCGUCGGCAGAGAGGACAUCAGUUCUGUUAGACUUUCGGAGUACCUCAUCCACUUCAGCAUCGGCACGCCGCGCCCGCAGCGCGUGGCACUGGAGCUGGACACCGGCAGCGACCUCAUCUGGACGCAGUGCGCUUGCGUGCACUGCUUCGACCAGCCGUUCCCGGUUCUCAACACCUCCGCCUCCCGCAUCCUCCGUGAUGUCUUGUGCUCCGACCCUCUCUGCACGCGGGGCGGCCUCCCGCUCUCUCGGUGCGCCGUCAAAGACAACUUCUGCUCGUACGCCUACUACUACGGCGACGGAUCCUUCACCGUGGGCAAGAUCGUCGAGGACACUUUCACAUUCAAGACGCCCCACGGCAAGUGCGGCACGGUUGCCGCCGUGCCGAACCUCCACUUUGGCUGUGGCAUGGACAACAAAGGCACCUUCAACUCGAACGAGUCCGGCAUCGCCGGCUUCGGGCGCGGCCCGAUGUCUCUGCCGUCGCAGCUCAAGGUGCACAGAUUCUCCCACUGCUUGACGACCAUGGUAGAGUUCAGGACCAGCCCGGUGUUCUUGGGGACGCCUGAUGACCUUGAAGCGCACGCCACGGGGCCCAUCCAGUCCACCCCGUUCGUCCCAAACACUGGGGGUGCGCUCAGCUCGUUCUACUAUCUUUCACUCAAAGGCGUCACCAUCGGCAAGACGCGGCUGCCGUUUAACGAGUCAGCUUUUGCGCUCAACGACGAUGGCUCCGGCGGGACGAUCAUGGACUCAGGCACGAGCAUCACGAUCUUCCCGCGGGCCGUGUUCCGAAGCCUCCGGGAGGCGUUCGUGUCGCAGGUGCCGUUACCCAUCGCGAACGACUCCACUGAUGCUGAUAGCAUGCCGUGCUUCGACGUCGCCCCGAAGAAGAAGGUGCCCACAGUGCCGAAGCUAGUCCUCCACCUAGAGGGCGCGGACUGGGACCUGCCACGGGAGAACUACGUGCUCGAUCUCGACGACGACGGCGACGGCACAGGCGGCGGGCUGUGCGUGGUGGUCCAUUCAGCGGGCGAAAGCGACUGGGCGAUCAUAGGCAACUUCCAGCAGCAGAACAUGUACAUCGUCUACGACCUGGACAGCAAUAAGAUGGUCUUCGCGCCCGCGCGCUGCGACAAGCUGUGA